CCAUAAUAUCAGAAAUAAUAAAGCACAGCUCUUUCCGAUUAAAAGUCAUUCCCAUGAUACCAUCAUCUUUCCCUUAUCUCCCAUUGAUAAAUGCUGCGUGGGUCCAGAUGUAGUGCAAACACAGCAAACACCACCGGGACCCGCGAAAAACGUCCCCGGCGAUAAUUUAUCCAGAAAAAAAAUAUCGAGCAGCAAAGGCGGUGGGCACAGCUGCCAAUUUUUAUUAUUUUCCCUACCGAUUUAAUUUAUAACCGGGAAUCCAUCCAAUCUUGCAACUGAGAGAAUCAUCAUGGCUGGAAUCAAGCGCCGCGUUGAAGCCGGCGAAGAUCACGGUGGUAAAAGAACCAAAGUGAAGGAUGCGCUCAAAAGCUCAAAGUCCACGAAGAAUGGCGCUCCCGCUUCUGCUCCUAAGUCGAAAUCAAAGAAGGAAGUGAAGUCGACAAAGGUGGAGAAGAAGAACAAGAAGAAAGUUGUGGAGAGCGAGUCAGAAGAGGACGAGAGUGAAGAUGAUGAAUUCGAUUCUUCCAUGGGGGAAUCUGAGAUCUCUGAGGACGAAGCCGAUCAUAAAGAUGGCGACGUUGAUAUGGGCGAUGCUAGCGAUAGUGAGGAGACCAAGGAGAACGGCGAUAAGAAUGCUGUUGCGAAGAAUGGAAAUUCCUCACGCGAAUCACACGCCAAACAGAAGGCAUUGCAGCAGGAGCGCAAGGCCGCGAAGCCGAAUGCAGACUUGAUCGCUCGGUCCAAGAAGCUCUGGGAACGAUUGCGCCGCAAGUCCCAUGUACCCAAGGACGAGCGGAAGAAGCUUGUUGCGGAACUCUUUGAGAUCAUCACUGGUCGUGUCUCCGAUUUCGUGUUUAAGCACGACUCCGUCCGUGUUAUUCAGACCGCUUUGAAAUACGCUACUCCUGAACAGCGGAAACAGAUCGCUGGGGAACUCAAGGGCCGGUAUAGGGAUCUCGCUGAGAGCCGUUACGCCAAGUUCCUUAUUGGUAAAUUGCUUGUGCAUGGAGACAACGAGAUUCGUGAUAUGGUUAUUCCCGAGUUCUACGGGCACGUAAAGCGCCUGAUGAGACACCCGGAGGCCUCUUGGAUUGUGGAUGACAUUUACCGGACCGUUGCUACGAAGGACCAGAGGUCGAGACUUCUGCGUGAAUGGUAUGGUGCAGAGUUUGUCAUCUUCAAGGUUGGUAAGGGAGAAGAUGUCGUUGCCGACCUGUCGCAGAUUCUCGCGGAGAAUCCCGAGAAGAGGGGCCCUAUCAUGCAAUACCUGCUUGAGUUCAUCAACCUGCUCGUCCAGAAGAAAGCAACUGGCUUUACGAUGCUGCACGACGCCAUGCUACAGUACUUCUUGAACACGAAGCCCGGCAGUACUGAAGCGAACGAAUUCAUCGAAUUGAUUAAGGGUGACGAGGAGGGAGAUCUCGCCAAGAACAUGGCCUUCACAAAGUCAGGAUCUAGGCUCAUGUGCCUAUGCCUAGCUUACUCGAAUGCGAAGGACCGCAAACACCUGCUCCGAUUCUACAGAGACACUAUUAAGAUGAUGGCUGGUGAUCUACACGCCCACAUGGUCCUCUUGGCCGCGUACGAAGUCGUGGACGACACCAAGCUUAGUUCCAAAUCGAUCUUCCCCGAGCUUCUGAACCAAGGUUCGGCGGAAGAAGCCCGUUACGAAGAGCUUCUCUGGCAGGUUAACGACAUAACUGCCCGCAUUCCUAUCCUCUUCCCCUUUGCAGGAGAUAAGGUGAAGUGGCUGCUCCCUGAGGCAGACCAACCAGUCUUGAAGGAGAUCCGCGAUAUCAGACAGGAGACCUCUAAGAAGGAACCUGCCAUCCGUCGUCUGGAGCUUGUCAAGGCGGCAUCCCAGACACUGCUCGAGUUCAUUGCUGCGAGAGCGGAGUCUCUGAUGGAGACUACCUUCGGAUGCCAAUUCAUUGUUGAGGUUCUCUUUGACGCUGACGGCGACAAGUCUGCAGCGCUCAACGCUGUUGCCACUGCCGCUAAGUCGAAGCCAGAAGCCAAAGAGGCCGCCCACGUCGGACGUAUGCUGAAAUCCUUGGUCCAGGGUGGACGCUUCAACAACAAAGAAAAGACCAUUGAGAAGGUGGAACCCCCGCUCAAGUUCAAUGCCAUCCUGUAUGGACAGAUCCAAGACGAGAUUAUGGCCUGGGCUGCAGGCUCGAAUCCUUUCGUGGUUGUGGCGCUGGCCGAAUCCGACGAUUUCGACAAGAAAGAUGAGCUGCUCAAGACACUCAAGAAGAACCGCAAGGCUUUGGAGAAAGCUGCCUCCGCCUCUACCGCUGGAGAGGAUGGGAAGAAGAAGGCGAGCCCUGCCAGCAGUGGCGCCAAGCUCUUGCUCGAAAAGAUCCGAUAAACAUCUUGGACGCUUCUCACGACAUUCUUUCAGGGCACAGUCACCUUUUCAAAAAUCGUCUUUGGCUGCAUUUAUAUCCUAUUUUACCGGAGGUCCAUGUAUUGUACCAUUGGGUUGGCAUUUAGAGCUAUUUCUGUAGAUAGUAAUCAUCCAAAAAGUUUCCCUCAUGUG